CGUUUUCAUAUAACUGCUUCCCGCGCCAUCGGAAAACUUUUAUUUUCCCGUCUGCCGUACAGUCGAGCGAAUCGCGCGCGCGCACCGCCGUACUCACCUACGCACAACAGCCGCGCGGUAGGUUUAACGCAGUCACGGUCAACCGCGUCACACGGAUAUUCAACCGUAUACCUAAUAUUAUACUUAAUUCUAUGUAGCGCAAGACACGCCGCAGCAGUAUUGGUGGUGAACUCGUAUAACAUCGCAGCGGCGGCCGAUCACACGCAACACUUGUGUGUCGAAUAAUAUAUUAUUAAUUAUACCCACGUACGACCGUACAGCCAUCGUCGUCCUCAUUACUCGCGACCGUCAUCAUGUUUAACGGGUAUUACGGGUCGACGUCGGAGAGCAGCGACAGCGACGCGCCGAUCGACGACGGGUCGUCCGUCAAGACGAUGGACCUCAACUACCUGUUGCUGGACGGCGACACCAUCCAAAAGCAUUUGGUGGACAUGUGCGAGCGCAGCCGGCCGGACGGCAUCGACACGAUGCUGCUCAACCACAACGCCAUGCUGUCCCUGCCGCCGGCCAUCAACCGGUUCCAGCACCUCCGCGUGCUCGACAUCAGCAACAACCGGUUGACGCACGUGCCCGACUUCGUGGCGCGGUUGCCGCUCACCACGCUGGUCGCCAAGAACAAUCUGAUCGACGACGACGGGUUCCCCAAGGAGUUCGGCUGUGCCGUCCACCUCAAGGUGCUCAACAUCAGCGGCAAUCGGUUGUCGCACUUUCCCCAGCAGUUGCUGUCCGUCACCACGCUCGAGUACCUGUACAUGGGCAGCAACAAUCUGGUCGAGAUACCCAAAGACAUCAACAAACUUAUCAGGUUGAAGUUCUUAUGUUUGGGCGGAAAUCAUUUGUCAGAUGUACCUGUGACUUUGGGUAUGUUGGAUAAUUUGAAAGCUCUAAAUUUGAGCGAUAACUCACUGGAGAGUUUGCCGCCGGCCAUUGCCAAUCUCAAACACCUAAAAUCGUUGAUGUUACACAAAAACAGACUUCGUACACUACCUAUAGAAAUCAUAUCAUUGAAGUGCCUCACAGAGUUAAGCUUGAGAGACAAUCCAUUGGUUGUGAGAUUCGUAAGUGAUAUGACGCAUAAUCCACCAUCAUUACUCGAACUGUCUGCCAGAUCAGUGAAAAUUAACAAUGUUCAAUAUGGAGAACGCGAUUUGCCUUACAAUUUAAUAGAAUACUUAUCAAGUGCACAUCAUUGUGUCAACCCCAAAUGUAAAGGUGUAUUUUUUGACGACAGAGUUGAACACAUUAAGUUUGUGGAUUUUUGUGGCAAAUACCGUAUUCCACUGUUACAGUACCUAUGUUCAUCAAAAUGUGUAGUCAACCACAGAAAUAUACUUGGAGAUAGCACUGACAGCAAUAUGAUGAGAAAAGUUUUACUCGGAUAAAUUCAUAAAUAAUUUUUAAAACAAAUAGGUACCUUCUACAUAUUCUAUUUGAUGUACAUGCGAAUACCGAUAUUUAAACAUACAACUAUACAAGCCCCAACUAUGGCUAUUUAAGACCAAGGAUUAAAUUCUUCAAUACAGAUAGAGUAUACAAAAAAAAACUAUAAACCUAUACAUAUGUAAUUUAUUUUUGAUACAUUUAAAAAUUGAUGAAAAUAAUUAAAAAUAAACAAUACUUUUAUAAAUAAUCAUCAACUUAAAAAUGACAAAUGUUAUGUCAAUCUUAAAUUUUGAUAAUAUUUUAUAGAUUAAAAAAUAUUUUUUCCUUUACUUGGGAUUUUUUACAUAUGUAAAUGGAAGUCAUCCUAUUAAAUUCAUUUAAUGAGAUUCAUGUUAAAUAAAUAAACCAUUGUUUUAUUUUUGUUUAAUAAUUGUAUAUUUUUGUAAGACAUGUAAUGUGAAAGUGUACUGAAUGGAAUAUUGACUGAUAUAAGUUGUUUGGCAAAUAAAAAUAAUUCCAGUUUAA